AUGGCGCUCACCGUCGUUGAAGAACCACCCGUCGACAAGGAAGUCUUCGAGCCACCGCCUACAGUCGCCUUGACGCCUUGCGAUCCUUGGCCGCGACCCUACUUCCUUGAGGAUGGACUGAGGAGGUGGUGCAAGCAGAGAUGGCGUGGCAGGGAGAUCCUCGAUAUCUUCCGUGAUGAGUUUCGCGAUCGCACACCCGAGUACUACGCCAAAUCGAUCGAGGAGGGAGCGAUACAAUUGAAUGGCAAGCCUCUCUCAUCGACGAAGACAACGGUCAAGAACGGCGACAUUAUCAGUCACACCCUCCAUCGCCACGAGCCGCCCGUGACAGGCCAGCCGAUCGGCAUAGUGCACGAGGACGAAGACAUGAUCGUGAUCAGCAAGCCCGCAGGUGUUCCAGUGCAUCCGGCUGGGAGGUAUAACUACAACAGCGUGGUAGAGAUCAUGCGGGCGGAAAGAGGUCAUCAAUGGAACCCGCUACCUUGCAAUCGGCUGGACAGGCUAACGAGCGGGAUAAUGUUCAUCGCGAAGCACAAGAAGUCUGCGGAAAAGCUGACGGAGCAGCUCACGCAGCGCACGGUCCGGAAACAGUAUGUGGCGCGCGUGAAGGGAGAGUUUCCGGAGGAAGAUGUGGUGUGCGAGCAGCCGAUUCUGCAGAUAUCGCCGAAGCUGGGCUUGAAUCGGGUACGAGCGAAUGGGAAGGAAGCGAGGACGGUCUUCAAGCGGCUAGCUUACUAUCCAGCACCUGCUGCGGCCGAUGGCACAGCUCGAGAGGGCUACUCCAUCGUUCGCUGUCUGCCUUUGACUGGCCGGACGCAUCAGCUGCGCGUGCAUCUGCAGUUUCUCGGCCAUCCCAUCACGAACGAUCCCAUCUACAGCAACCAGCGCGUGUUUGGCCCGAAUUUAGGCAAAGACUCAAACUCGGCUGACGACGAUGAGUCUGUGAUGGACCGUCUGGGUCGCAUGGGCAAGGAUGAAGUGGCAGAGGCGAUCGCUUACCAUGACGAGAUGGUGGCGGACUACGAAAAGAAGAAGGCGGAGAAGAUGACAGGUCAGAAAUGUGAGGUCUGUGGUACGGAUCUGUAUUCCGAUCCCGGGGCGCAUGAGCUCGGGAUCUAUUUGCACGCGAUGAAGUAUGCGUCCAUGGAGGGUGACUGGAGCUACGAGACGCCGCUACCCGAGUGGGCUCUGCCGACGAAGGGCUAUAAAGGGCCGGUGCAGCCAACUGAGGAUACUGACCCAGCGGCUAAGCUUGAGAUGUUGGGUCUCGAGGACAAUGCGGAGGAGGUGCCUCAAGCUGCGGCAGCCAGCUAG